GUCACAACCCCGCCCGCCAGGAGAACGGUUGCCUUGACGACGUAAACUGACCGCCUGGGCGCGCGCGUGCGCAGAGUCGGGUUCAGCGGCUCUGAGACUUCUGAGCGAGCGCAGGCGUGCGGGGCCGGUUGGAAUCUCCUUUAGCCAAUGUCAAGUUUCUCAGUGAGAGCUUCCUCCUUUGCCCGGAUGUCCAAGAUCCUGCUUCCUACCCUGUCCAAGGACCUGUCUUUGCAUAACAAGAACAGCCCAGAAUCCACGGACAAAAGUUCUUCUUCCACCACUGAAGAAAAAAAGAAACAUGAGAAAAAAAGCAAAGUGUCCAUGAUGCUUCCCGACCGUUCAGAUAAUCCCUUCCACAUGUCCGAGGAUGUGGAUUUCUUCUUGCUCAGAGAUAAGGAGCGGAAUAAGUCUCUCGCAGAUCGGGAGAAGAAGAAGAUGCUUCGGGUGCACGAGAAGAUGACGUCCUCUUCCAAAGUGUCAGCCAAGCAUGCCAGCCUGCGGCGCGAGCUGCAGCUGGAGGAUGAGAUGGAGGACCUGGAGGUGCAGGCGCACGCCGAGCAGCUGCGCACCUUCCACGACCAGAUGGCCUGGAAACUCUCCAAGACCCGAGACAAGGUGGAACCUGAGAACAUCAACAGCUACAUCAGCCUGAGGCGGCAGAUGUUCCUCAUCCAGGUAGGCCGGCUGCCCCUCAGGCUGUGGGCGGCCACUGUGAGGGGGCAACUCCUGUUCCCGGGCCCUCAGUAUGCCCUAGACGUGAAGCAGAAUGAGAUCCAGCGGCUGGAGAGUCUGAUGACCAGGGAGGAGGCCAAGCUGGAGCAGGCAGAGAGGUUUCUGGAGAAGGACGCUGCUCUGUUCGACGAGUUCCUCAGGGAAAAUGACCGCAGCUCUGUGCAGGCCCUGAGAGUGGCUGAGAAGGAGUCUAAAGCUAAGAUGGAGAAAAUCGUUGAGAUCCGCGAUCUGACCACCCAGAUCAUGAACAUCAAAAGUGAAAUCUCCAAGUUUGAAGACACUCUGCAGCAUUACAAGGUCUACAGGGACUUCCUGUACAAGCUGUCACCCAAGGAAUGGUUGGAAGAACAGGAGAGAAAGCGCCUGGCGUUCAGAAAUGCUAAGGAGGCGGUCGAGGCCUUCAAGGAGAGCAUGCUCUUCUCCCAGCUCGGGGACAGAGGACCUGGGAUCAAAGGCAAGACGGGCUUCAGAGGUACGUGGCUUCCCCAGGCUGGUGGGGCCCUACCCCAGGCAGGGCAGGUGGACACCUUUCCUCUGCUUCCUCCAGAGUGGCAGGGCUCAAAGAAGCCCGCCAAGCUCCUGCAGGUGAUGCGGCUGCGGCAGUUCCUGUCUGGCACUGCCAGCCCCCAGCAGGGCAACCAGCCCAGCCUGCCUGGCGGGCUGGACCCCAAAAGGUCCAGCUCUGCCCUCCCAGUGCAGGAGGACCCAGACAGCGACGGGGAGGUCAGUGCCCCUCUGCGGGGGUGGGGCGAGGAGCCCGCCACUGUCCACACCCACAUGUGGCUCUGGUUGCAGGAGCUGGAGCUGUACUUCACGGAGCCCCAGCAGCUCCUGGAUGUCUUCGUGAAGCUGGAAGAGCAGAACCUCUCGCUGAUCCAGAACACCCAGGAAAUGGAGGAGGCCUUGGAGGAGCUGAGCUUCACCCUGAAAAACACCCAGAUCCGCAUGGACAGGGAGGUCAACCAGCUGAAGCAGUGGAUCACCACACUGAUGAUGUCCAUUGCCAAGGAGGAGGAGACGGCCGCCGAGCUGGAGCUCAAAGCCCGCGUCUUCCAUUUUGGCGAGUACAAGGGUGAUCAAGAGGACAAGCUUCUGGAGAGUCUGAACCGCAAGGUGCUGGACGUGUACCGGCACUGUGUGGGCGGCCAGCAGGAGUCCAGCCUGGGCACUGUGCAGAUGCUGGCCACCAUCGAGCACCAGCUGGAUGAGCUGCUUGAGAACCUGGAGCAUGUGCCCCAGGCCAAGAUCGAGCAGGCUGAGAAGACCAAAGAGAAGGAACGACGAUUAAGACUCCGGGAGGAGAAGGCGAAGUUGCAGAAGGAGCUGCAGGAGGAGCGUCUUCAGCGGGCACAGGCUCGGGCUCAGGCAGAGAUCAAGAGGAAGAGGGGCCGGAGACUCCUGUGCCGCUCCCGGCCGCCCGCUCAGAAGAUGAAGGCACCGUCUGAGCAUGAGCUGCUGGACAAGGACAACGAGGAGCAGCUGUUCUUCUUCACCUAGCCUGUGGGCUGCCGUCACUGAUGGGGACGGAGAGAGGCAGACGGCGAGCGGCCGGGAGCAGAGGCAGGGCUGGGGGCGGGGCGUGGGCACUGGCGACUGUCACCGAAGCCCUUGCCCCUCAUGCUGCCCCUUCCUUCUCCUGUGAAAUAAACACGUGUCUUUCUGGUGCCUUGAGGCCUGUUUGAGGAGGCA